AGUAAUCUAGUUGAUUGCUUGCUGAGCUAAGUGCCGACAAAUACGUCACACUAUAUAGUAGUCGCAGUCAUUACACGGAUGACGUUUAUUUUCCUAGUAUUGUUUUGUACAACGACAAUACAAUUUACUAUAAUAUAAUUAUUUGAUUUUAAGAAUAUUUAAUAUUAUAUGAUUUAUGUAUAAAAUUUUGUUUUAACAUUUCCGGUUUAUUCAGUAGUUAUAUUUAUUACAUACUUACACGGCUACAUCUAAAAAUGGCAAAUCCAAGUGUUGAAGUUUUAUAUAAUCAGAUAUUUAUCAACAAUAAUUUUGUAAACUCAGUAAGUGGAAAAACAUUUCCUACUAUAAAUCCUGCAAAUAAAAACAAAAUUAUCGAUGUCGCCGAAGCUGAUAAAGGUGAUGUUGAUUUGGCUGUUAAUGCAGCAAAAACUGCGUUUAAACCAGAUUCUGAGUGGCGUAAAAUGGACGCAUCUGCCCGAGGCAAAUUGAUGCACAAGUUAUCAGAAUUGAUAGAUAAGCACAAAAUUCAUUUAGCAAAUUUAGAGUCUUUGGACAAUGGUAAACCAUUUAACGAUUCAUUAUUGGACAUAGAUAUGGCUGUUUCAACUCUUCAAUAUUAUGCCGGAUUUGCUGACAAAAUUCAUGGAAAAACUAUUCCAACAGAUGGGCCACAUUUUGCAUUCACUAAACGUCAACCUGUUGGAGUUGUUGGACAAAUUAUUCCUUGGAACUAUCCAAUUUUAAUGCUGGCAUGGAAAUGGGGACCAGCUCUUGCUACUGGAUGUACAAUUGUACUUAAACCAGCUGAACAAACUCCUCUCACUGCCUUGCAUAUAGCUGCACUAUCAAGAGAAGCAGGAUUUCCCGAUGGAGUCAUUAACGUUGUACCUGGGUAUGGUCCGACUGCAGGUCAAGCUAUAGCUAGCCAUCACAACAUAAAUAAAGUGGCAUUUACUGGAUCAACAGAAGUUGGAAAAUUAAUCAUGGAAGAGGCAGCCAAGUCUAAUUUAAAACGUGUAUCAUUAGAGUUAGGCGGAAAAAGUCCUUUGGUAAUAUUCGAUGAUUUUGAUGUUGAUGAAGCUGCUAAAAUUGCUCAUGAUGCUGUGUUUGCCAACAUGGGGCAGAAUUGCUGUGCUGGUUCUAGAACAUUUGUUCAAGAAGGUAUUUAUGAACAAUUUGUUGAAAAAGCUGCCAGCUUGGCAUCUCAAAAGAAAGUAGGAGACCAAUUUGAUGUUGAUACGCAAGUUGGGCCUCUGGUAAACGAAGAGCAAUACAACAAAGUCUUGAGUAUGAUUGAAUCUGGUAAAGUAGAAGGAGCUAAAGUAGAGGCUGGUGGGUCUAAAGUAGGUGAUACAGGAUAUUUUGUGUAUCCCACUGUAUUCUCAAAUGUGACUGAUAACAUGAAAAUCGCUAAAGAAGAAAUUUUUGGGCCAGUUCAGCAGAUUAUUAAAUUUAAAACUUUAGAUGAAGUGAUAAAACGUGCAAAUGACACUAAAUAUGGAUUAGCUGCUGGAGUAUUAACUAACAAUUUGGACACUGCAAUGAAAUAUAUAGACAAUGUUAAUGCUGGUUCAGUUUGGGUUAAUUGUUAUGAUGCCGUUAAUGUCCAAUGUCCAUUUGGAGGGUUUAAGCAGUCCGGACAAGGAAGAGAGUUAGGAGAAGAAGGUCUAAAGGAAUACUUGGAAUUAAAAUCAGUCACAAUCAGAAAGAAUUAUAACUGUUAAAAAGAGUAGGUACUAUUGAUACGGUAAAAUAUUACUCAUAUUUAUUAUUGAUUCAAAUGUAUAUUGUAUUAUAAAAUUAUACAAUUGACUAAUACAAAAUGUUCAGUAAAUACUAAA